UGAAAAAUAAAAAUGUUGAUAAGGUCUAUAAUUCCGAAAAAGGAUUGUUAUGUGCCUAUCAAAAACUCAAGAUUUCUGAAGAGAAUUUAGGGGAAAUCGAAAUAAUUAUUUUGAAUUCUCCUCCAAGUGAUGAUGAUAAAAAAAAAAUUUAUGGAAACUGA